ACACACACACACACACAGACUGAGUACAGUGAGUACAUGUACACUGUACAAGUUGUAGCCCAGCCUACUACUAUAUCUACUUCCUGCUUUUACCAUCUACUUAUAGAAGAGCUGUAUGUCUUUUGCAGUAUUUGGGUGAUUGUCAAAAAUAAUAUUAUAGUCCUGUUUUACUGGGAUAGAGUGAAGAUGGCUAAUGCACAGAGGUCACCAACAGAAAGAACACCUCCCAUCACUACUGAAUGCCAAGAAGAGAAAGGACACAAUGAUGGAAGAGAAGAGUUAGUAACCAGUGCAUAUACCUGGAUUAAAAGGAGGCAGCAGCAGCAAUACUUAGAAGAUAUCAAGGAAAAAACUGUUCAAAAGCUCUUGCCUCAAGUGACUGGCACCCCAACAGCUAGUACAGGGACAACAGCAGCUGCUACAGGGACAAAGAGUACUCAGACUGAAACUGAAGUUAUGAAAAGAUUGUUCAAUCUACCAUCAUUCAAGCAGAUACCAAAAGAAAUGAGAGAGAGAAUGAUGGAGGAAAUGAGAGGACAAAAGGGAAGUGACGAUGAUGAUGAUGCAAGCUCAGGAUAUCAAUCAGUUACAAGCUCUUUAAAGUCUUUAUGAUGAUCAUCCACACACACUCUCUCUAGGCUCUCUCUCCAGACUCUCUCAACACCUCUCUCUCUCCUUCAACUCAUCCUGUGUA